UGCGAGACGCCGCCGCGGACGGACGUCCCUGUGCCGUUGCUGCCCGCGCGCCGCCGCCAGAGCCGCCGCGUCUCGUCACGUGUUCGAUGUGUGAGCGUCGCGACGCUGCCGCCGCGACGGACCGGGAGGGUCUGGGGCUGCUCGCCAGGUCGCACCAGGAUGCUGCAGGGAUGGCGGGGGAGGUAGCUCCUCCGUGAGCCACACGCUCGCUGCUGCUGACGCCUUCCCUCGACGGCGACCUGGACUUCGCCCUUGACCCCUCGACGCGCACCUCACCGCCGCCGUGCCCGAGUCGUCGGAUGCUGGUGUUCGUCGACGACUUUCGCUAGUCGAGGAUGGCGAUGAGGACGAACCGCCCGAAGGGCCUGCUCCUACGCGGGCGAUGUGCCCUGAGCACCUCGCCGACGUCGUCCUUCGCGGUUCUACUGGCCGUAUCGGUGUUUCUUGCCGCCCACGUCGACGGCUCAGAUCUCCGCUCCGUGAAGCCGGCAUGCAACGCGACGGUGGAGAUCUCCGGCGCCCAGGACGUGGGCAGCCCCGCGCUGACGCCGGCGCUGGCGGGCCGCCCGCUCACCUGCUGGUACCGUUUCCGGAACUUCCGGAGCGCGCCCAAGGACUGGGUGCUGCGCAUCCGCUUCCGCAGGUUCAAGAUCGGCACCCUCAUCAACGGGACCACCUGCCUCGGCGGCCACCUUCAGAUCACGGACGGCAACCGGAACACGACCGAGAUCACGAACCGGAAGUCGCUGGGCAUGUUCUGCGGCGAGACGGAGCAGGCGCAGACCUUCAUCUCGGAGACCAACUUUGUCAAGCUGCAGUUCCACGUCGACAACUUCACCGAGCAGACGUACUGGGCGUUCGACUCGAAGGCGCACCAGCCCUUUGAGGUGUACCAGCGCUACGGCCAGCACCCGGAGCUGUACCCCAACCGGAGGGGCAUCGCCACCCCGGGAUUUGAGAGAAUUUUCCGAUGGGCCGAGAACUGCCCGCACGACUUCCUGCGCGUGUACGACGGGCGGGACGAGCGCGCGCCGCUGGUGGGCGUGUUCUGCGGCAUGGGCCGCUUCCCGUACUCCAUCAUCGGCACGGGCAGCGCGCUGCUCGUCGAGUUCGUCACGUCGGCGGCGGGGCCGCUGCUGCACUCGGGCUUCCACUUCAACGUGGGCUCGUGGCCGGGCCGCAACCAGACGGCGGCCGCGCGCCUGCCGGGGCCCUGCUCGUGGCGGCUCAGCCAGGCGGCGCUGCGCAAGGCGGGCGACCAGGAGGGCGUCUUCCUCUCCGUCGUGCACUGGUACCCGCCGCACACCACCUGCACGUACCUCAUCCAGGGUGACCCGGGCCACGUCGUGCGGCUGUCGUUCCCCAGCUUCCGCAUCAACCGGAUCGAGUCGCCGAUGGAGCCCUGGGAGGGCGACUGCGGCGAGUCGCUGACGCUGUACGACGCGUCCUGGCCGGACGACACCAAGAUCAUCCGCACCUUCUGCGACACCUUUUCGCGGCCGCAGGAGAAGACGGACUUCGUGUCGUCGGCCGAGUCCAUGUUUGUUCGCUUCGAGAGCAAGACAGGCAGCUACUCGGGGUCCUCGCUGUACUACUGGGCGCAGUACGACUUCUUCAACAACUCGCUGUCGGGCGACCGCGUGGGCGGCACGGCCUGCGACGAGCUCAUCCCGUCGUGGCGCGCCUCUCGCGGCAGCGUCCGCUCGCCCACCAACACGCUCGUGUUCCGCGGCGUCGGCCCCGGCGGCAUCACCUCGGUGGCCCAGGACGCCGUCCGCUGCACGUACCGCUUCGUCACGGACCCGCGCCUCUACGCCCGCGUCGAGGUGUCCGUGCACCACAUCAAGUUUCGGGAGGGGCCGUACUCGCCGCUCAUCAACAGCUGCUGGGACGGCCGGGGGGACCGCCUGCUGCUGUGGGAGCCGCCGGCGGCGCAGGCGAGCGCGGUGCUGUCGGGCCAGGCCAGGGACAUCCAGCCCGCCAACCGGUCGCUGGGCGGCCUGUGCAUGCACCAGAGCGUCGACAACGGCAACAUCCAGCUGGUGUCCCGGGGCCCGGUGCUGCUGCUACAGAUGAGCCUGCCCUGGCCGGGCGCCGAGCAGUACUUCCGCCAGGAGAGCCCGCUGUUCGAGGCGCGCUACCGCUUCGUGCACGGGCCGCUGUGCGGGCCCGCGGCCCUGGCCGCCGCCUCCGAGGGCCAGCUCGUGUUCCCGCACCUCGAGGCGCUGGCCGUGGCGCCGCCGCCGCGCGCCAUCGACUGCCGCUGGGAGCUCAACGUGCACUGGAAGAAGGACCUCUGGCUGCACUUCGAGAAGCUGACGUUCACGACGCACUCGUGCUCGGAGGCGCGCUUGCAGAUCCUGCUUGCGGACAUCCCCGGGGCGGAGCCGUGGUUCAGCAGCUGCGGGGACGGCGGCGAGCAGCGCAAGCUGCCCAUCCUGCAGACGGACCAGCUCGAGGGCCCCGUCACCGUCACCCUCACGGCGUCCUCCCCCAACGCCGUGGCCUUCAACCUCCGCUGGACGGAGCUGCAAAGGGGAUCGGCGGCCCUGGGCCGCCUGCAGGCCGCGGGAGCGGCGGAGAGUCCCCCGGGGGACCUGCGGGUCAACGACGACUGUGCCUUCAUGUGCCCCGGCACGGCGGGCAUGUGCAUCCCCUCCCGGCUGGUCUGCAACGGGGUGCUCAACUGCCCGCCGCCGGUGCCGGGCGUCGCGGACGCCGUCGUGCUCUCGGGGGAGAUGGCCACCUCGGACGAGGACCCCGCGCACUGCGCGCCCGUGCGGGACGACGGCUACCCGCGGUGGACGCUGUACGUCGGCGCGGCGUCGGCCGCCCUGCUCGCGCUGGCCGCGCUCAUCCUGCUGUGCAGGGCGUGCUGCUGCUGCGGGAAGCAGCGGGACAUCGAGGUGCCGUACUGAAUCCUGGGACUCUACGAAAAGGAGCGUGGAUACCUACCUGUGGCCCUUGUAUACUGUGUGCGGGGAGCGGGAGCACUCUCAAAUCCUUGUGAUGAUCCUCAUAAUUGUGUUCUUCCUGUUGCUCAACGUGUGCUUCGCUUCUCCUGACGAGGCGAUUCCUCCGGGCCAAGCCUUGACAGACACUGUUCACAGUACCUGUCACAACUUUCACAUCAUUGAACCGGCGAUGAAACCGACGGAUGUAAAAAACUUUUAGUGUUAUGUUAAAAUGAAAAGAAAAGUCCAGGCAUGCUUUGCAGCCUCAAUGUGUUUUUGAUAACAAAAAGGGCUUAUGUGAUGUAUAUUUGUGUUUUAAAACUGUAAGCAAAAGUUGCUUUCAUUUUUAAGAUUUAAAAGUAUGGUUUGUAAUAUCACCACUUAUAUAUUGAUACUGCCAUUUAAAUGUGCUGUAUUUUUACAAGCAAAAUGAUUUCUGUAUAUUUUUAGAAUACAACCAUAAAUUAUUUGGUUAAAGACUUCAGUAUGUGCCUGUAUGGAAUCAAUUGAUGAAUGGCUGGAAAAUCAUUUGCGUGUUACUUUGUUGUUAUUGUAGAUAGCACAAUAGGGUAUGAGUGGCGUGAUAAUGAUAUGUAAGUUAAACAUGAAAUAAAUCUACGUUGUUAUAAAAA